CUCUAACAGACUGGUGCCAAGCCAUCUGCUAUCUUCCACGUAUUUCACAACAAAGCUAUCGGUCACCAAAAGAAGAACUUAUUUAUUUUCGACAAGAACGUUUCUACUUCUCUAAUUGAGAUCGCGUGAUGAAUCAGUGAAAAUAUAAUAUAGGAACAUGGACUUCGCCGAAGAAGAAAACCCACAGCCUAACCAAAGACUGCCUCAGAAUGAAACUCCUGCGUUAGUUGGAAAUACACUGCAUUUCGCCAUUACAUGCCUGGAGAAGUAUGGGUGGUUUUUGGUUCUGGGCAUUGUGAUUAGUGCAGUGAUAUGGAGCAAGGUACGACUGCACUGGCAAAGAAUGAUGAAGAAAAGGGAACAAGAGAAAGAAAUUGCUAAUUUUGACCCUGAAAAAGAAGCAGCUCUUCAAUCAAAGAUAGAGAUGUCAAGAUUGAGAUGGCAAGAGAUUCAGGACGCAAAAGCUGCAAAAUUUGCUGAAGAGAAGAAAAAGGCUGAAGAAGAGAAGAGGAAGGAAGUUAUUGAGGACUGGGAGCGCCACAAACAGGGCAAGGGUUACAAAUCCAAGAAACUUGCCAAUGCAUCAACUAAUGAGACUGCAUUAGCACAAGGUCUGUUAAAGGGGAAGAAAAAGCCAGAUGAGAAGAAACCUCUAAGACCAACAGACUUCAACCCUCUUACAGGAAGUAGUGGUAGAAGUUGCUCUUGGAGGCCUACUCGUAGAGGUGGUGGCGGAGGAGGAUGAGGUUAAUGAUGCACUUACUUCCCUGUCAGAAAUAAACUGUGUAUAUAGAAUAUUUAGAAAUAGUGCAAAAAUAAUGCACAUUUUGUAGAGCAGUAGUAGUAGCAGUGUUGUCUGACAUGGAGCAAGUGCUUUUAUUAAUCAAAGCAGACAGGCAAGAAGUUCUCUAUUACAGAGAUUUGAUGAAGUUUUCCUUUAAAACACAUUUAAUGUGAAUUGGGUAACAGAUGUCCUUGCUGAUGCUUUAUAAAUACUUCAAAUCCAAAAAUAAUCGUUUUAUAAUUCUUAUAAUUCCUAGUUAUUAUUUAAAAUUGUCUCUUCCACAUGACUUAUUAAUAAACUGUUAUGGACCAAUUUUUAUAAAAAAUGCUGUUCCAUUUAUUUAUAUCUACAUACAAAACAAACCUAAUUAUUUUAGUUUUUUAUAGGCUAUAAAAAUAUGUUGAGCAUUGUAAAAAAAUGGAGCCUGUUCUCAUAAUAAACAGAUCCAGUGAGAA